AUGGAGAGGAUCAGCCGCAGUCGGGCUACUCACGGCCUCGUUUCCAGAAUAUGUUUUCACCCCGCCAUUCCAACCAAGAACCCGGACCUGCGGAUUGCCGACAUCGGUACAGGCACCGGGACAUGGCUCACAGACCUGGCUGACGAGCUGCCGAAGUCGGCUCGUCGGGAUGCCAUGGAUAUCUCAUUUGCUGCCACCCCUUUGCUGGAGAUGCUCCCACCCAACGUGAGUUUGCAACCAAUGGGACGUGAAGACCGACGUACCGAAGCAUCUGAGCCUGGAGGUUAUAUCCAAUGGACUGACAUUGAUAUCAGCUCCCUCCGGCUGGAAAAGAUCCGACCGGAUAUUCAGGCCGAUGCGCAGGUCAAGUUGAUGAACCAGUUCAAAGGGAAUGAGAACCGGCUCGACUCAGCCUGGGUCCCAACCCUGGCCAAGCGGUUCGCCGACAACGAACUGACCGAUGUCAUAACCGAUGCGCGAGAGGCGCCACCACACUUAGCGUUGGCGCUUCACGAGGUCGGGCUGCUGGCAACCGAGGUCCUCACACGAAACAAGGCAAGUAGUGGCAACGAGGAAGCGUGCGGCAGCGGUGAAGCAGACCCUAGCUCAAGCUGCAAAGGAGACUCGAGAUGGAUCGUACUUGGCCUUUACUAG